GACUCUUGAAGUGAUAGCUAAUUGGUGAAAGAAAGGCCCUGAUUGUCUUGAGGGAGCUGGAAAGUGCUGCGUGUGCUGCUGAAAGGGACUAGGGAGAAGGUGCCUGGUUUCGCUGAGCAGCUGCUGCUGGAGAUGUUUGGAGAUUACAUCAGCAUUGGAAAAAAGGGGCAAAAAAAAAAAAAAAAGUCCAACUUCACAGAGACAGAGUUUAUGGAGGUUUUUUUUUUCCCCCCCCUUCCAAAGGUCUUCUGACAAUACUGUCAUUGUCAAUAUAAGAGUUGUUAAUUCUUUAUGAAUAGCACAUGGGGCCUCUUGACUAAAUAGUACGUUACAUGUCCCAAAUCUGUCAGCUGGACUCUUCUCUCACAUGCUAGUGAGAUCACUUUGAUUGGAAUGUUAGAGGAAUUGCUGGGCUGGCCGUGCAGAACUGAAUGCUGCAUUAUAUAAUUAGAUCUCCCAGAGUAUUUUUUUUCACAUUACCUCAUUAUUCUAGCUUAAAUAUGGAAUCGGCCCUUUUGAUGAUUUUGCUGGUUGUAAUUAUAUUAAUACGAUUCAUUUUGUGGUCCUGCCUUAGUGCUUAUAUAGAUUAUAAGCUGUCCCGAAGGUUUCCUGACACAAGGAAAGAGGACUGAGAGACUUCAAAAGGCUUCUUCAGAUUUGAAUUGACAAUGGGGAGAGCUGGAUAAGGUAAAUGGAGCUAGAGGACCUCUUACCUUGGGAUCUGAUGAGAGAGAAAUGACGUGUCGAGACUGCAACCGAGUGAAGAUCCUUCAGAAAGCCACAUGCUGACAGAGGGGAAGGAGUGACAACUGACUGACUCAAAUGACUUCCUCUCCAGCUUGGGCAUGGAUUUAUUGUUGGGAACAGACUUUUGCCAAUUAAAUGAUUUGGACAAACUGGGGGGAAUCCUAUUGCUGGGUAGUCCAAGAGUGCCAGUGGCCCAGCCUUGACACGUGAGAUGUGGUGUGUGGUGCCUGCUGGACAAACUGAUGCCCUGCAUGUUCAGGUGUCAGCUGGCAUGGAGUGAGUUCUGACACCAAAGCCCUGCAAGGUACCUUCAUUUCCAGCCUUAAAUAAAGACCUUACUAGAGCACGGAAGGAUUUGACUACAUGUCCAAGGCCAUAGUGACUUAGGAUUUUUUGGUUAACUUACCUUGCAAAAGGAGAUAAACUGUUCCAAGUGAACUGUCUCCUUUUAGAUGGGUGUUAUACUAAGCCAAACAUCCUAUAUCUUACUACAUACCCAACUCAAUUUGACAUCUGCUUUUAAGAACUGAAUUUUCUACCGUAAAAAUAGAAAGACUGUAUUGCUUUGCCUGAGGCCCAGUCACCUUUCUUUAAAAAAAAAAAAAGAAAAUAAAAAGUUCUUUUUGUUUGAUAAAUUUCUGUGUCAUGUAAAAGUGAAGGUUGCCACUUUGUGUACUUAAUUCUGUAUCUCUUGGUAGCUCACAUGAUGAUGUCAGAGUUCAGCUCCAGUAUUCCCAUCCAAAUUUUCUGACCCAUUCACGACUCUCGCCUUCCUACAGGCUCGUCAUUAAUAACUGUUAAUCAGCCCUUAUCAUUUUGUGUUUUGAAGCCUCCUAAAACUCAGACGUGAGAGCUGGGCUGUGCUUAUGCAGCAGAACAGGGUAAAUGUCAGGUCUAUUGAUUUCAGCCUCAGAUUUUAUUUAUGGUGGAUGGCCAAUGUACUAAACAGCCUGCAAUGCCUGAAAUGCAUGUCAUUGACUUGAAAUCCAGCCAGAGGACAAUAAAUUAAAUGUGGAUGUAACUAA